AGAGACGUAGAGCAGGAAAUCAGAACGUAACUCUGCUGUAGACAUGGACCUGCGGUCUGAGCUGCUCAAGUCCAUCUGGUAUGGUUUCACAGCCCUGGAUCUGGAGAAGAGUGGUAAGGUGUCCAAGUCUCAGCUGAAGGUGCUGUCCCACAACCUGUGCACAGUGUUGAGCAUCCCACAUGAUCCAGUUGCUUUGGAGGAGCACUUCAGGGAUGAUGAUGAUGGUCCAGUUUCCAGUCAGGGUUAUAUGCCUUACCUCAACAAAUACAUUCUGGACAAGGUUGUUGAAGGCUCUUUUACUAAGGAAAACGUAGAUGAGCUCUGUUGGACUCUUACGGCAAAGAAAAACUACCAGACGGACAAAACCAGCAGCACUGUUCUGCCAGAGAAGGAUGCUUUUCGACUUUGGUGCCUUUUUAAUUUUCUCUCUGAAGACAAGUACCCUUUGGUUAUGGUUCCUGACGAGGUGGAGUACCUCCUCAAGAAGGUAUGCAUGGCUAUGAGUAUUGAGUUCAACUGUGGUGAAUUAGAGGACUUCUUCUCCCAAGACUCUGUUCAGCAGAGCGGCAUUACUGUUUGGGUUUUUCUGGACCUGAUGAACUCGGGAAAAAUAACCAGAGGAAUUGAUAAGAGCAUAAUCAGCAUGGCCAUAGAGGAGGUGUACAGGGAGAUAGUUGGUGAUGUCCUCAAAGAGGGUUAUCUGUGGAAGAAAGGCCAGCUGAGGAGGAACUGGAAGGAACGCUGGUUCACCUUAAGGCCGAGCAACUUGUCCUACUACACCGGGGAGGACCGCAAGGAGUGCCUGGGCAGCAUAGCUCUGGAUGGGAACUGCUGUGUGGAGGAAGUAGACGAUGAUCAAAUAUUGUUUGGUCGUUCAAAAUGGAUCAAAAACAUCCUUUUCCCAGUAUUGCCAGAUCGGGAUGGGAAGAGGUGCAUGUUUUGUCUGAAAACCCUCUCCAAGACUUAUGAGAUGAGUGCCUCAGACACCAAACAGAGACAGGAGUGGACGACAGCCAUUCAAACAGCCAUAAGGCUGCACAUGGAGGGGAAGAACUCGCUCCACAAAGAUCUGAAGCUGAAGCGGCGCGAACAACGUGAGCAGCGGGAGAAGAGACGGCAGUCCAAGGAGGAGGAGCUGCAGAGGCUGCGGGCCCUGCAGGAGGAACGGGAGCGUAAGCUGGAAGAGCUGGAGCUCCUGAAGGAGGCGCAGAAGCAGGCUCAGGUCCUCCUGGAGCAGGACGAGCAGAGGAGGCGCCAGCAGCACGAACAGCUCCAACAGGCCCUGGAGGUCCAGCUGCGAGAGGCUGAGGAGGCCCGGGUCAGUAUGCAGGCAGAGAUGGCUCUGAAAGAAGAGGAAGCAGAGAGGCAGAGGAAGAGGAUCCAGGAGCUGGAGGAGAUGCAGAGGCGUUUGGAGGAGGCGCUGCAGCAGGAGAUCAAAGCAAGGCUGGAUGAGGAGGCCUUCCGCUUAGCUCAAGCAGGGUUACUGGCUGAGGAGGAGGAGAAAAUGAAGGCCCUGAUGGCCCUGCAGGAAGAACAAGAAGAGUACAUCCUGAAGACACAGAGGGAGAAGCAGGAGCUGAAACAGGAAAUGGAGGCCAAGUCUCGGGACCUGGAGGAGGCGCAGAGGCAGCUGGAGGAGGUCCGCGCCAACAGGCACCGGGUUGACCAGGACGUAGUGGCUGCCCAGAGGAAACUUCGACAGGCGAGCACCAACGUCAAACACUGGAACGUCCAGAUGAACAGACUGAUGCGACCAAUUGGACCAGGCGAAAAGAGACCGUCGUUGGGAAGCUCCUUUUUCCAGGUCCCUACACAGAGAGAUCCAGGGCUGCGUCUCAGGAGGAGAUCAGGAUCAGAGGAUCAGGAUGAGGAGAGCAAAGAAAAUGUUGACAACCGAGCUGGUUGUGAUUUGGAGAAACGCCACUCCCAUGCCUCUAAUGGAAACAUGGACAUCCCCUAAAAACACGAAUCAGACAGGCUGCAAGGUGUUCUGAGAGGAAGGGCAAGAGACGACUCUCUAGUGUAUAAACAAUGUGAAAACAUAUGAACAUCCUCACUUAAAACUGAAUUUAUACUACUAGCAUUUCUAUUAAAU